GCGGCCGGCCGCGGCCCGGGAGUUGCAGCGGCUGUGCCCGCGGUGCAGAGAUAGAGACGGAGGCCGGGGUGCGUGUCUGCUGAACGUGCCGGAUCCGCGCGGCUAGGCUGCGCUAGCCCUUGCGGACGCCUGGGCAUCUAGGCAGGUCAGGGCUCUGCUCCAGCGAAGAUGCGGCUGUUUCAGUGGCUGCUGAAGCAGCCGGUGCCCAAGCAGAUCGAGCGCUACUCGCGGUUCUCGCCAUCACCACUCUCCAUCAAACAGUUCCUGGACUUCGGGAGAGAUAAUGCAUGUGAGAAAACUUCAUAUAUGUUUCUCCGAAAGGAACUUCCUGUGCGACUGGCCAACACCAUGAGAGAAGUUAAUCUUCUGCCGGACAACCUACUGAAUCGCCCUUCGGUGGGCUUGGUUCAGAGUUGGUAUAUGCAGAGUUUCCUUGAACUUUUGGAAUAUGAAAAUAAGAGCCCUGAGGAUCCACAGGUCUUAGAUAACUUUCUGCAAGUUCUGAUUAAAGUCAGAAACAGGCACAAUGAUGUGGUUCCUACCAUGGCACAAGGAGUGAUUGAAUACAAGGAGAAGUUUGGGUUUGAUCCCUUCAUUAGCAGUAACAUCCAGUAUUUUCUGGAUCGCUUUUAUACCAACCGCAUCUCCUUCCGCAUGCUCAUUAACCAGCACACACUUCUGUUUGGUGGUGACACUAAUCCUGCUCAUCCUAAACACAUAGGAAGUAUUGAUCCUACCUGUAAUGUGGCUGAUGUGGUGAAAGAUGCAUAUGAGACAGCCAAGAUGCUUUGUGAACAAUAUUACUUGGUAGCUCCAGAACUGGAAGUUGAAGAAUUCAAUGCCAAAGCACCAGACAAACCUAUUCAGGUAGUUUAUGUGCCCUCACAUCUGUUUCACAUGCUAUUUGAGUUGUUCAAGAAUUCAAUGAGAGCAACGGUGGAACUCUAUGAAGACAGAAAAGAGGGCUACCCUGCUGUUAAAACCCUUGUUACUUUGGGUAAAGAAGAUUUAUCCAUUAAGAUAAGUGACCUAGGUGGUGGAGUCCCACUUCGAAAAAUAGAUCGCCUUUUUAACUACAUGUAUUCAACGGCUCCUAGACCCAGCCUGGAACCCACAAGAGCUGCCCCUUUGGCUGGAUUUGGCUAUGGUUUGCCAAUUUCUCGUCUGUAUGCUAGAUAUUUUCAGGGAGACCUAAAACUGUAUUCCAUGGAAGGAGUGGGUACAGAUGCUGUCAUUUAUUUAAAGGCUCUUUCAAGUGAGUCCUUUGAGAGACUGCCGGUUUUCAAUAAGUCUGCAUGGCGCCAUUACAAGACCACGCCUGAAGCUGAUGACUGGAGCAAUCCAAGCAGAGAACCCAGGGAUGCGUCAAAAUAUAAGGCCAAACAGGACAAGAUCAAGACAAAUAGAACUUUCUAGAGAACUGAAUUGUUUGGUCCUCUCUGUGAAGAAAGAUUGUCUUCUGCAAGUCAACCAGAGAAAAUUCCUUUCUUCUACCAACUCUGAGCGUGGCACCAUAGCUGUCCCCAGUGCUUGAAUGUGUGUUUUCUUCUGUACCAGAUGGACUUUUCCAUGGAGCCUUUCCUAUAGCUACUCCAGAUUUUCCACUAAAGUAGUGACUUGAGUAAUUUUCAUAAUAUCUUGCUAUGGUGUGGUUGAUGCCUGUCACAAAUGAGCACAGAGCCUCCUUCGAGCUUGGGUGCACUCCUACUUUCCAUCUUGUUGUCAUAGAGUCCCGUGUCCGAGACUUCCCUGGAUACUGAGCUCCUUCCCUAUUCCAUAUACAGCAGUUCCUACGGCUGCUCUUUGUGACCAAAUAGCAGAUUUGGUACCUCCAGCUAGGGCCUAGGGAAGCUGGAAGUAGAGGAUAUCCACUGCACAUGUCUUGGUAAUUCAGUCCCAGGGCCCUCUCUCCACUCUCCAAUUUAGGCUUUAGCCUUCUUCCAUCUGCUCAUAUUUUCACUGUGCGGUGUGGUACUUGUGUGUUAGAUCUUACUGACGCAUUGAUUUUAUUUUAAGAAUAAUUUGUGUAUUUCCAUUCUAUUGAUUAAAAUGUUCCAAAAGUUGUCUUGGAAUUUUUCACUGAACUGCUUGGUUUCAAAUAUCUUAAGUGAAAAGCUGACUUUUGUCCAAUACUGAGUAUUGUAAAGAGUGGGAAGUGAAGUUUUUGUGCUUCUGUAAGACUUUCACCAAUCCAAUAUUGUACCUUUGCCAUCUUAUAUUCCUUUGUAGUCUUCUAAGGAAUUGCAAUUCCUGCGUGAUGCACUUUACUAGUUGGAAAAUAGACUACUUAAGGAAGAAGUUCUUUCUAUUUUAUUUUGAAAAAUGCUUAUAGGUCUCUGUAAUUUUAAUUUUUAUUAAUGUUACACAGUUUUAGAAUUGUUGGCCUAGUCUGAUUUUCACAAUCCUUUAUGAUUUGCUAGAAGUUGGAAGUGGGAAGUAGCAGAGGACUUAGAGUCAAGGAAGAAGAAUGGUGUCAUAUUAUCCUGAGCUUCCUGAGGGUCUAGAUUUAAGCCAGCCUCUUACGCAUCUGCACAGGUUAUAUUUUCUCUUGGUCAUACUUUUUCACAUAUAUCAUCUACUCUGACUUCUGUUCUCUUUCAGUGAGUGUAUAAAGGUUGCUGUCCACUAGUGUAGAGGUUGAAGCUUCUGAAGUCUUCCUUCGCCUUCAGUCACGUGAUAGUAGCAGUGCAGUUAUCCGCUGCGUCCACAGCAAGGGACUCUGCCCAGAUGGCAUGGUUUGACUCCAUGUCUGUUUCCCUCCAUCCUGUUGAAUCUACUUUUCUUCCCUUUCAUUAUAUCACCUGAGCUCAUGGUAGCUCACUUCAUGUGAGAAAGAUCUCCUCUCUUCUGUCCUUAGAAGGAUUCUAGUCAGAGAACAUUUUUAGUCAGUCGGGUAAAACAGAUACCCAUGAACUUUCCAGAGACAGGAAAGAGAUGGGUCAUAUGGCAGCCUGUUGGUUUGAGGACAGAAUCAGUGUCUUGGGGAUGCAGCUUUUCUAUAUAAUGAUUUUCUUGUAGUAUAAAAGAUUUCUUCAAAAUAAUGAUCCUUUACAUUUAAAGUCCAUCGUCUCCUUAUAAAUACUAGCUAGUGUAUCAGUAUCUUGGUAGGCCUCAGUUUCCAGCCACAUUCCUUUACACUUUCAAAUGUGAUACAGUGCAGGAAAGGAGGCAACAGAGUGUGAUUGUAUCACCUACUACCCUGUCUUGGCACUGUUUUCAAUUAUUUGCGAAGUGCCUAUUGCUCACCAAGCCCUCACAACAAGUACCCUGUAAGGGGCUGAAUAUACAGGAUAUAGUGCACAGGAAUUCUAUCACAUUCUUCCCUUUACAAGUCUUUUCCAAAAGUACAAAUUUAUUUCAAUGUUUUAAUGACUUCAUCGAUAGUCUACUAAUAUUCUUUUGGACUUGCUCAUUUCCAUCUGACCGAAGUACAAUAUUGGUUCUCUUGCCUUUGUUUUCUUCACGAAGAACUUAAUUGUUCUCCUAAAGCAACCACAAGAAAAGUUUCUAGGACAUCUCAUAUUCUUACAGUUACCAACUCCUUUACCCAAGUAUUCAUUUAUAUGCUCAUUUUCAAUAUGUAUUUGGUUUUUUUGAAAGAGUUAGAGAGAGUAAGGGAGGGAUAGAUCUCCUCUCCACUGGGUCACUCCCCAGAUGGCUACAACAGCCAGGGCUGGUCCAAGCCGAAGCCAGGGGCCAGGAGCUUCAUCAGGUCUCCCACAUGGGUAGUAGGAACUCAAACACUUGGGCCAUCCUCUGCUGGUUUUUCAGGUGCAUCAGCAGGGAGCUGGAUCGAAAGUAGAGCAGCUAGGACAUGAACUGGCACCCAUAUGGGUGUUGGCGUCCUAGGCGGCGGCUUUACUCACUGCACCGCAACACCGGCCCCCAUUUGUAUUCUCUUUGUUGGAUGAACUCAGGCAUCUCCCUUUAGCCAUUUGCUGGGUUUGUAAGCAAAUGGUCAGAUUUCUACACAUAGCUUGUAAUGUACAUAGACAGUGACUACUUCUCAGAGAAAUUCUCCCCCCUUCCUCUGUUAGGCCUUCUCAUUUACUCCCUUUUAAGUGUUUGAGAACUGUGUCUGCUGUUUGAAAUAGUGCCUGGCAUAUAGUAGGUGCAUAGUAAAUAUUAGUUGAAUCAAAGAGGAAAACUGAUGGACAUUUCCCUUGAGUAGUGAGAUAAUACCUCUCUAAGGCCUUAAACUGUCAUUGUCUCCAAAAUAAAAAUAAUUCAGAUCUGAAGCUAUGGAAGUGCUGAAAUUCCUUUUAUAGUGCUAAGAGGUAACUUUAAAAUGUAGGAACACGGAAGGAAGGAAGUAGGGAUGGAUCCUCAGGAGCUAUCUGAUCCUUUCUUUGUCUCAGAUAUCUAACUUGGCCUUAAUAAAGGGAUUCUUUCUGUGCGAACAAUGGUGGUUUAACAGCCUUGCUUUUUAGAUUCUGGAGAUCGUUCACACACUGUCCCAGUGGAUCCUUACAGUGCCAUGAGGUGAACCACGCAGGCCUAUCUCUGUUUUUCAUGUGAAGUCCAGAGCAGUUAAAUGGUUUGCUAAGGUGGCAUGGUAAGUGAUUGGAAGAACCAAAGUGAAUAGUUGGGUUUUCUUGUUCCUCGACUAGAGCUGUGAACCAAACGCCAGGUAAUUACCAUUCCAUCUUUUGAGGAAUUUCUUGGGUAUAUUAUUCCUCAAGGGUAAGCUCAAAACCAAAAAUUUUAUAUAAUGCCAGGUAAUUCUACUCAGGAGAGGUUUUCUUUUGUGUGCUUCCAUUUUGGCAUAGGUAGAGGAGAUAAUCAGAUGGAUUUGGCAGCUUUUACCGAAAAAGAUGGGCAACAUAAAAGUAUAUAACUGUAGGUAAUUGCUACAGUUAUUUAGAUGUAAUUCUAUGUUUGAGUGAAGUCAGUGUUCACUGCCAGCCCUUUCAUACAGAGACUCCAGAUUUGAGAGUUGAUGCUUUUAUCUUUGGUGGACUGGAUUGCAGAUUCAGCUAGAUUUCCUCGUAUAUUUACACAUGUAUUUCUGUUGCUAUUACUUAGGAAUAAACAGUAACUUGGUGGGCUUUCAUUACCCCUUUCCUUUGGUGGUGUUACCAUGUUGUCGUUACUGUGUUGUUGUGUGUCUCUAACUGGUGAUUCUGAGAGGUCUGACUCUAGAUGCAUUUUUUCCCUUUUGUAACUGACCUGAUUGUUUGCCCUGGAUGUUUGUGAUUCUUUGUUUGUCCUUGAACUUCAAGAACUUCAUUCCAGUAUAUCUCAGGAUAAACAGUUGUCUGUUGACUUGACUUUUUCUUGUACACAGUGAACAUUAGAUUUUGACAUUUCAGGCCUUAAUGCAUUUCAUAUGGGUUUAUUCUUUUCUCUUCUUUAAAAAUUUGUCCUUUUAUUGGCUCUCUCUCAUCUGUUCUUGGGAUUUCUCUUUCCUUUGGUGGCUUUCAUCUCCUUGUCUUUCCUUGUGCUGUGGGAUUUUUGUGUCACUUUUUAUCCUCGAUUUCACUUACAGGUUUUUCUGUACUAUUGAGUCUAGACCUUUUUGCUUAUAAUGUAGCUUUCGCUUUGGUAACCUUUUUUUUUUUUUAAUUCGUUUCUUUCCUUAGCUCCUUACGUUGUCCUCUUUGAGUCCUCAUUUCAUUUCUUUGUUUUAUAAUUGUCUUGGUUUCUGAAAUCAUUCUUUUUCCAGAGAAUUUUUAUGUGUUUUUGCUCCUUGUGUUUCUUUUCUUGUAUUGUGUUGCUUUUAUGUUGCUGCACAAGUAUCAUGAUGGCUGUUUGUGCUUAUUAUUUGUGUUUUGCAUAAGACCAGUUCUCUCUGCCCAAGAGAGAACUCAACUCCUCCUGUUGAAAACAAUUUUAUGUAUAAUUGACACAUAAUAAUUGUACAUGGGAUACAGUCUGAUGUUUCAAUACAUUUGUACUUUGUAUAAUGGUCAAAUAGAGAUUAAUUAGCUUAUACACCACCUUAAACACUAUUCAUUUCUUUGUGGUGAUUCUCUUUUGUAGCUAUCUUGAAAUAUACAUCAUUAUUAUCUAUAGUCACCCUAGUGUGCAACCAAACACCAGAAUUUACUCUCCCUGCCUAGUUUUUUUAAAGAUUUAUUUAUUUAUUUGAAAGUCAGAGUAACACAGAGAGAGGAGAGGCAGAGAGAGAGAGAGAGAGAGAGGUCUUCUAUCUGAUGGUUCACUCCCCAAUUGGCCAAUCCGAAACCAGGAGCCAGGUCUCCCACUUGGAUGCAGGGACCCAAGGAUUUAGGCCAUCUUCUACUGCUUUCCCAGGCCAAAGCAGAGAGCUGGAUCGGAAGUGGAGCAGCCGGGACUCGAACUGGCGCCGAAAUAGGAUCCCGGCACAUCAGACUAGGGCAUUAACCCACUGCACCACAGCACCGUCCCCUUCCUGCCUAAUUUUAGCAUCAUUUCCAUUGACCAACCUGUUCCCCUUCCACCUACUCCUACCUAUCCCAUACCUCUUCCCUUUUUUUUUUUUAAGUGAGAAGUGUUUGAAUGAUCACCUUAGCUCUUCAACUGUAGUGCCUUCUGUGGACACUUGGAUCUUCUGGCCUAAAAGUGGCCAAGUCCCAUAGGAAGGAAGAGUGUCUCCUUGUGCUGUCUCCUCACCAGUUGUCACUCUAGGAGGAGUGAGGUGGGCCUUAUAAUUCUCUGCUGGAUGGUAUGGAGUGAGCAUCUGUGUGAUGGGCCCCUGACUUUCUCUUUCCACUUUUCCUCCCCACUGCUGUUCCUGUGUGGGAUACCAGAGGGAACAGAAGGAAAGAAUACAAAUGGUGCGUCUGAGGUCUCGGCUUCCCCUUAGAUUUUGUUUCUGGAAACCUGCGCAGAGAGUGCACUUAGCUUCUCCUGACUGCUGCCUGUCUUUAUUUCUCCAACUUAGGAAAGGAUUGGUAGAGUUCUUUGGUACCCUCUCACAAACUGUGCUCUAAUUUUUGUCUGCUUGAGACUAGGAGAAAUGAGAGAAAUCUUUUUUGAUUAGUGCCCAACUUCACUGUGUCUGUCAUAUAUUCCCCCUGGAGUCCAUGGUAUGGAACUGUGGUUUUUAUUAGUUUCGUUAUGGACUGCUUCUUGCUCAGUUUUUGGAUAUGUAUGCUGAAGGGCAGGAGCCCUUAUGUAAACAUGCACUUAUUCUGCCAAGUUUCCCAGCAGCCCAGGUGCUUAAACAUUGACUUUGAAGAUAAUGUCCUUCAUAAUCUAUAUGUUAGUAAACAGAAGGAGCCAAUAUUGCCAGCAGGAAAACACCAUUAACAAUGUAAUCAAUACAGGAUUUUUGUUUACUGUUCCAUGUGGAAAGAUAACUUUUAACUCAGGUUCCUGUGUCAUUGAUUAGAAAUAUCAGUACCUUCUGGUUUGAAAAUAGUGAACAUGUGACAUUUUAAUAAAUUUCAGAAGUUAUCAGUCAUUGACAGUGAUUAAUUAGUUGAUUAAAUAUGAUCAAAUAUUUCAGACUUGCAUAAAAUCAGAGUUAUGAGAAGUAUAAGCUCUUUUUUUAUUAUCAGGUUGUAGUCCGUCUGUCUCACUGAUGGGGUUAACCCUCUGGGAUCAGGCUUUAGCAUGACUGAUUGCCUCUUCAGUCAACCCAUUUCAAAAUCUGGCUUAUUAAGAAAUAGAACAUAUUAAAUCUUCAUCAAGUUUUUUUUUUCCUGUUGUUCAUGAAACCUUCAGAUGGUUUCUAAGUCUGGGGCCUACAUUGAAACACACAGGUAAAGGUCUCAAAAGUGCAUGUUACUGGUGGAUCAUGGAGUGGGGGUUUUAUUUGGCCUGUUUGUAGGCCUGAAGCCCCUUGCCUCAAUAGCCAGCACAUUCCUCUAGACAGUCAGCAUCACACUUGUUUCACCUUCAGUGCUCCAGUUUAAUGACCAAGGAACAGGAGGGAUGACCUUCCUGUAUCACCAAACUCCACCCUUGGCCAUGUCUUUGCUUGGAGGACUGAUUUUUCCCUACUGUCUGUCUGGUGGGAAGUAGAGGAUUGAUUGCAAAUCCCUCCAUGUGUCACAGAAACCAAGGAAAUGAAGGGGACAAAGAGAAGAGUCAUGUGAAGGGAAACUGUGUUCAGUCCUCCAUUUUGGUAAUACCCAGUGCCUGUUGCAUGCUAGAAAUGGUGCCAAGUGCUGGGCACAUGGCAGUGAUCAGAGAAGUCAGAAGUUGCUGCCUUGUGAGCUCAUGCUCUAUUGGGGAGACAGCCUAGAAACUGAAUAAGGCCCUAGUGUUGUCCAGUUGGGAGGUGAGUGCUAUGGAGAAGAAAAGCCAGGAAUGGGGGAUACAGAGGUGGCCCCAAACGUUCUGAAUGUUGCUUUCAUCAUGGACAAGUGUUCCUUAGAGGAGGAAGUGUUAAUGCUCCCUGAAUCCUUUUCACCUUUGUGUCUAUUGUUCUGAAUUUUGAGAGUCCAUCUUGUAUGCCUGGCUCUGCACCUAGUUCUGCAGGGGGCCCUGUGGAAGCCCCUGCAUUGUGGCCUCAGGUACACAGAGCAGGCUGAGCCCAUUGCAGUUCACUGUCUUACUGACCAACAUGGAGCCAUGUCAGGUCAGAGGAGCCAGCUUUCAUAAGCAAAUUUUCUGGAAUGCUGUCCUCAUAACAAAAACCCAGUUACAGCAGACUUUUUAGGACUUCGAAAUCUUUUUUUUUUUUUAAGUUAAAGCCUCUGGAGGAGGAUUACUGGAGGUAAGAUAGCUGUUCUGCAGAAGGAGGAAUCUCGUUCCCUACUUGCAGGUUCUUUUAGAGGUGAAGGAAAGGAUUGUUCAAGAGGGCCUCCCUCUCAGGGCUGUAGAGUGCUGUCAACUGUGUUCACUAGCCCCAGAUGAGGAAAAUACAACAACAGCCAUGUUGUAGUCAUAGAGUUCUUGAGAAACCUCUGGUUCUGCCUUUCUGUCCAUCUUUAAAAUGGGACAGAAUUCCCCAUGAUGUCAGGGGUAGGCUUAGGGCAGCCAGAGUGCAGCUUGUUAUUUUGCCUGUGACACGGGCUGUCUUGCAGCCAUCUCUGUCUCUGAAGAGAGCUGAAGUUCCUCACAGCCACCUACCUGACUGCCCUUUGGGGUGGAGCCCAGUGACCCAGUAACUUGCGGUUUAACUGCCGAGAGGGAAAUGGGUUGUGUUUAGUUACUCCUGUAGCUACAGCCAGUUUGUCACCCUUAAAAUGGACAUAGUUGCAUAAACAAAAGCACUGGAGGGUAUCAUGAGAGUCUCCAAAUAUCUGAUCCAGUUACAUGCCUGCAAUCAAAGCCCCCCCCCCCCCCCCCCCCCGUCUUGUAGUGAUACCCUUUCAGUGUUGGAAUACUGCCACCAGGCAGCUUGUACGUGUGUUUCUUUGCCUAAAACACCCAAGAUGUGAGAUCAGUUUCCGGUCUCCUCAUCCUUUCCUGCUCAGUGGUUGGCUACUGUAGGAGCAGUGUGCCUCCCAAUUCCAAAUGGAGACUUCAUUUUUUGACAGAGGUCUCGACUGUCUCUUUUUAAAAAAAAAUUAUUUGAAAGAGUUACACAGAGAGUGAAGGAAAAGCAGAGAGAGAAAGAGCUUCCGUCAUGUGGUUCACUCCCUACAUGGCCGCAAUGGCCAGAGCUGGGCUGAUCUGAAGCCAGGAGCUUCCUUUAGGUCUCCCAUGUGGGUGCAGGGACCCAAGGACUUGGGCCAUCUUCUACUUUCCCAGGACUAGAACUGGUGCCCAUAUGGGAUGCCAGCACUGCAGCCAGCGGCCUUACCUGCUAUGCCACAGUGCCGGCCCCUGGAUUGUCUCUUGAAAAGAUAAGAAGCAGAGCUUGAAGUCUGAACUCCCAUGGCCCAGUUUGGACUGUUGGGAAUAUUUUUGUGGCUUAUUUUUAAAUGUUAGAGAAUUAAGGUAGUAAAUUUGUGGUGAUAGUGGAUCCAGGAAGCUUACAGUGAGAAGAGUAUGAAUAUAACCUGAAAAAUAUUUUCUCUGUUCUAUAAAUCUCUCGGUGACAUUUGGAUUAAUCAAGCAUAAUUAAAUGUAGUUAGAUUUUUGUCAGAUUGUAGUUCAAAAUAAUAUUCAUCUAUGGAGAGGGUAAUAUAUUCUGUGGAAAUUUUAUUAAGCACUUUAGUUAAGCAGACACUAAGGAGAACAAAAUCAGCCUCAGGAAGGUUAAUUACUAAAAAAACACAAAGUAUAGUAGAUUAUGUAAAUCAUUUUAAUUUUGAAUACCAUGGCUUGAGCUUUAAUUUACAUCAAGAGGUAUUUUGGAUUUGUUUUUCACAUUAUAUUUUCCAAAAGCACAGAAUUACAAUUGCAUUCUAUAAAAGUUCUAAUCAUUUUAGGAUUCCAUUAGGUUUGCUUAACUUUUUCAUGUUAUAGUUUCUAAAAGUACAUUCUAACUAAUUACUUUAGGAUUCAACUAAGUUUGUAUACAUUGUAAGACCUGCGUUUUUAUGUCUGUGCAAGUGAUGGUUUUGAGAGAAUUAUCAGGUGAGAGAAUGUCUGUGAAAGCAUCUACCCCAUGCCUGCCCUCGCAAUAAAUGUUCAUGUAAAAGAAAAAAAAAGUUAAAGUUAACAGUUAAGGAGUAUAGACUGUAGUGAUAAAUCUUUUUAUUUUCAUAAUUUCUUUGAAGGGAGAAAUAGAUCAAAAUGAUUUUAUAUGUAUUUUUUUUGUACUCAGAGAAUUACAUUUUCCCUAUCCUUGCCUGUCUCAGGGAAUAGCCUUUGCUACAAACCCCAUGGAAAUCUUGGGAACUCUAUCAUAAUGUGUUCAGAGUUGACAGUCCUUGUCUCAAUUUUAGAGCUAGAAUUUCAAAGUCUUGUCUCAGGAACAUGAGAUUCCCCCCCCCCCCCCAUGAUAUCUGAGCUGUGCCAUUUUCUUAAUAAAUGACAUCCAAAUUUCUUUUGUAUUUUAUCAAAGAUCUCUUUAUCAUGCCUCUCAGAGAUUUUCAUAGUGAGAAAACCCUGCAAUUUGGUAUUGUUUGAAAAUUUUGCUUCUUGGCUUCUCAGUGAGGAUUCUGUUUUCCAUUGAAACUUACUCCUUUGGGAACAAUAAGCUUUCACUUGAAAGAACAUCCGUUCUCUUAAAUAAUUUUAACUUCUGUUAACCUAAAAGUGGCUUGUUAAUUUGAAUACUCCAGCUAAUUCUGCAAAUGGGCCCAAACAUCGCAAUAUCAAAGAUCAUAUGUGUACACAGUGAUGUUUGCCAUACACUUAGCAAAGUAAUGCCUAAUCCAUCUGCAUAGGAUUGGGUUAACUGCUCUCCAAUUCAUCUUUGUCUUCCCACUUGUUUGAAAAUGGCAAACUUAGAAUGGAAUGUGUUAAUAACAGAACUACUUAAUGUUUUAAAAUGUUCUUACCUUGAGAUUCCUUUUUUUUUUUUGAGAAAAAAAUCGUAACAUUCAAUUCUGCUGUUUUGACUGUUCACAUAUGCUAGACAUUAAAAAGGCAAUUGCAAAAGUGAAAACUGAUUGGAAGUCAGUAGCAUUCUCCAUUUUGCCAUGCUAAAUGAUGUGCCACAAAAGGACUUUGUGAGAACAGGUAGGUUGAGUGUAAAAUGUUAUACUAUUGUUUAUACCCCUUUCUUAUCAAUUCCAUUUUUUUUGUCAUUUGAACUGUUAUGACUGUGAGGAAUCUCAUUCUGGAUUUUAAAAGGCACUAUAUUUACAGUAAAAACUGACAUUAUAUUUUUAUCCAAAGAAAUGCUGAGGUUGAUAUCCAUCUCACAUGUUUAAUUAGAAUGCUUUAGAACAGUUAAGACAAAAACCUGGAACUGUGGGCACCUGGCAGAACUUGACACUGUCUGUGGUGGAAGAGACCAGGCUGAAUCUUUUGGGCCUCACUCGCCCAGUCCUCUUGGGAGACGGGUUUUUGCCUGGCUGCUGUAACCAGCAGAAAAAGUGACAUAGAAGGGACUUGAUGAGAUCCCGUGUGUACUCCCUUUUCAAGAUACCUAUGUAACUCUUCUUGGGGAAAGCACUGCAUCAGCUCCGUUGGAAUCUUGCUUUUCCCUUUUAAGAUUCCCUGUUAGAGCUGACUGGCAGGUGAUUUUGACCAAGAAAUUAUGCAUAUACUUGAAAAAAAUUUUUUAGACUAAAUGUGUCUUAACUCUGUAGUGGACAGCCAAGGCAAGGUUCACCUAUAAAAUAUAAAGUACGAAGUACUUGGGAAAUUGAAUUGGACUUUAUGCAAUGUUGGUGGAAUCAAGUUCUGUUGCCUCUCUUGUUUCCAGUAUGUUUAUUGUUGCAAUUCUAAAUCUCUGCUCCCAGCGCUGCACUGCACUAAAGCUGAAUGCUACAUUCUGAUGAGAAACCGGAGUUGUGCCUGAGUCAGCCCUGGCUGGCAUGGCACGUUUUUUUCGAAGAGUGGAACCUCCCGCGUUAGCAUUCUGACUCACCAUAAUCUUGGCAGAGUUCCUUGGUAUUAAGAUCAUUGGAGGCCGUACUUGUUGCUUAAGGUUUACAUACAUGCUGUCUGCUGCUCUGAGGCUGCAUCCUCACAGUGUAUGCAAGUGCUUGAAAUGUAAACAUUGCCCAGGUCUAGAACAACCCGUGGAUGCUUAAGAAAUAUUUGAACUGAAUACGAAAAGCCAUUGUAGAGUAAAACAUAGCAUGUUGAACAUAGCUAGUGCUGCAAUUAAAUGUAAACUUGCUUGCUUUGCUGGUUUUUCAUCAUAAUUCCUUGAUUCUGAAAACGGAGUCUAAACUGGGAGCAAUUGCUGAUUUGAUAAGAGAAAAUAUUAACUUGUACAUGAAAUAUAUGCUCAUUGCAAUCUUUGUACCCACAAGCUUGAAUCUGACCUAGUUCACCCUGUGCCUCUGUCAGCUUAGUUACAGUGAUAAAUGUACACACAUGUUCAUGUUUCCAAGCAGCGUUGUAGUUUGUAGAAUGAAGCCAGGCCCCCCCAAAUUCUGUGCUCUUUGGUGGGUGGCCUGGCUUGUAGACACUGUUAGGAGUGAAAGGUGACUUUGGUUUAAGGUAAUUUGUCACUCCGCGUUUCAUGGAGAAAAAUGUUUUGUUGUGAUUGUUGGGAAAAAGUGUGACCAGAGAAGUGUGGGAACCAGAUACCAUUUCCCGUAGGUUGCAGAGCAAUCUGUGGUGUCAGUCAUAGCCAAACUAGUCCUGGAGCACAUGGACGAUUCUGUACCUGAAUACCCAAAACAAUAAAAUAGUAGUUGUGAUUCA